CCAGCGCUGGGUCAUUUGCAGCUCUGCGGCUGUAACCUCCACGCUGCCGGGGCUCCGCAGUCCCCUGGUUCCUGCCGCUGGGGGGCAUGGAGUUUGCGGAGCUGAUUAAGACCCCGCGGGUGGACAACGUGGUGCUGCACCGGCCUUUCUAUCCGGCCGUCGAGGGGACUCUGUGUCUGACGGGCCACCACCUGAUCCUGUCCUCCCGGCAGGACAACACGGAGGAGCUGUGGCUCCUUCAUUCAAACAUCGACGCCAUUGACAAGCGAUUUGUGGGAUCUCUGGGUACUGUCAUCAUAAAAUGCAAAGAUUUUCGAAUUAUUCAGUUGGAUAUUCCUGGAAUGGAAGAAUGUUUGAAUAUAGCCAGUUCCAUUGAGGCAUUGUCUACCCUGGACUCCAUCACCCUGAUGUACCCUUUCUUCUACCGGCCUAUGUUUGAAGUCGUAGAAGACGGCUGGCAUUCCUUCCUGCCCGAGCAAGAGUUCGAGCUCUACUCCUCAGCUACCAGUGAAUGGAGGCUAAGCUAUGUCAAUAAGGAGUUUGCUGUCUGUCCCUCCUACCCACCAAUUGUCGUAGUGCCCAAAUCCAUUGAUGAUGAAGCUCUUCGGAAGGUAGCUACAUUUCGACAUGGAGGGCGCUUCCCAGUACUAAGCUACUAUCAUAAAAAAAAUGGAAUGGUGAUUAUGCGCAGUGGUCAGCCACUCACUGGCACAAAUGGGAGAAGGUGCAAGGAAGAUGAGAAGCUAAUAAAUGCUACCCUCAGGGCAGGGAAGCGCGGCUACAUCAUUGACACACGCUCUCUAAACGUGGCUCAGCAAGCUAGGGCCAAAGGAGGCGGCUUUGAACAAGAAGCUCAUUAUCCCCAGUGGAGGCGAAUUCACAAGUCCAUUGAGAGAUAUCACAUUCUUCAGGAGAGCUUAAUCAAACUUGUGGAAGCUUGUAAUGACCAAACACAUAACAUGGACCGAUGGCUCAGUAAGCUGGAGGCCUCCAACUGGCUGACUCACGUCAAGGAAAUUCUGACUACUGCCUGCCUUGCAGCCCAGUGCAUUGACAGGGAAGGAGCAUCAAUACUGAUUCAUGGAACAGAAGGCACGGAUUCCACGCUUCAGGUGACCUCCCUGGCCCAGAUCAUCUUGGAACCGAGAAGCAGGACCAUCCGAGGUUUUGAGGCCCUGAUAGAAAGAGAGUGGCUACAGGCUGGCCACCCAUUCCAACAGCGCUGUGCACAGUCAGCCUAUUGUAAUAUUAAGCAGAAGUGGGAGGCGCCUGUGUUUCUUCUCUUCCUGGACUGUGUUUGGCAGAUACUUCGUCAGUUUCCUUGUUCUUUUGAAUUCAAUGAGAAUUUCCUUAUCAUGCUUUUUGAGCAUGCCUAUGCCUCACAGUUUGGAACAUUUCUGGGCAACAAUGAAAGUGAAAGAUGUAAGUUGAAGCUACAGCAGAAAACAAUGUCGCUGUGGUCCUGGGUCAACCGACCCAGUGAGCUGAGUAAAUUCACCAAUCCUCUUUUUGAAGCCAAUGCCCUUGUCAUCUGGCCUUCGGUGGCUCCACAGAGUCUUCAGUUGUGGGAAGGUAUUUUCCUGCGGUGGAACAGAUCCUCUAAGUAUUUGGAUGAAGCCUAUGAAGAAAUGGUUAACAUCAUUGAAUAUAACAAGGAAUUACAAGCGAAAGUCAACAUCCUUCGGAGGCAGCUGGCGGAACUGGAAACAGAGGGCGGGCCGCAGGAGAGUCCCUGAGAGGCGUCCUGCCCCUCUCUCCUCUCGCCCUUCAAUUUACUCCUACACUGUGGGACCUCUCUACCGUCAUGGGUUCCCCAACACGGUAUGAACAGAACUGAAUUUGACGUGGCCUGUAGGUCCUUCACUUUGGGAGCAGGAAGGAGGUGCUAGUCAUUUUAUCUUGUGUGAAGUAGGUGACCAGUCUACAGCCAUUCGCGUUCUGCACCCUUUCACCUGAAGCUUUUCUGUGUGCACUUUCCGCACAGUGGCCCAGCGCAGCCGUGUUUACAGCUCAUCGCUGUAGGGACUGUCUGGCUUUAGAGGAAGGAGUCAGGUUUCAAGCACUCCCGCGUAUAGACGUGUUUUUCAGAAUUGAAAUGGCUGCUAAACCCAGAGUUGUGUGUUUGAUCUGCCGUUUCCAAUAUCUUUGCUACAUAAAAUAGCCUUUCUCGUUAAAAUAGUUUUAGACUCAAUCUGGUUUGUCAAAGGAAGCUCUGAAUACCUAAGGUAAAUUAUUUCUACAAGGGCAAUAGGUAUCAGCCUCUGAUACUUACAUUAAGAAUUAAAUUUAUUUAAAUAGUAGACACUAAGACAUGUGCAAUAUAGAAUUAAUGUAUGACUUUGUUACUGAUAGAGGACUGUUACUGUUGAAAUGGUUUUUUCAAGGUUUUUGAUGAUAGAUAAAAAAUGUAUAUCAGAUGCUAGAUGUAGAAUGAAACCAUCACUUAGCAUAGGGUUUGUCUGUCAUAACUGAUCUAUAGCUAUGGUUUCCUUAAACCAGAGAUGCACUGCCCUUAUUUGAAGUUCUUACCGCACUGAUUUACGUAUGUAUGCGUUUUAUUUUAGUUGACUAAGGUUAAAACUUCAAAUAGCUCAAGCCAACAUUAAUCUUAACUCUGCUGAUUUAUCCAUUGUGUGUUAAGGCAAUAUCAUUUCAGUGGAGGAGGCGUUUAUAAAUAUGGUGCAGUUCUGCGUUUCAACAGUUUGUUUUAUAGAAACGGUGGUGGCUCCAGUCAUGCUCCGGUUGUUUACCCCUGCAACUCUGAAGGUUUCUUCCAUGCGUGUUUGUCUUGUGGCGAUACCCUUUUCAACACUUAAUAUUUCCACACCAUCUGUAUACCACCAUUUCCAUGUACAAUAUAUCACAUUGAACCCUGUUUUAGAGCCAUCAAUUGAACGGAACAUACAAUGAAAAGAAUUCAGCUCUAGCAGAACUUAGGGCCACAUUGGUUGGGAACCCUUAGAGAGGGGCGAAUACUGCCCCCUGCAGUUUCCCGAGCUCCCUCCGGAUCGCAGCGAGGUGCCCAGUCUGCUGCAGGAGCUUUCGGCGCAGGUGCCUGCCCUCUUCUCCGAGCUCAGUUUUACUCUUGACUUCUUCCUUGGCUGUGGUUAUGGAUUUUGGGGCAUUAAAGCCCUCACUAAGAAGGCCAAAGGAAGGAGCAUACGCUGUGUUGCAUCCUGCUGCGACUCUGUUAUGUGAAGUAGCCUCACUUCUUUAUGGUUCCUAAAAUGCUUGCUCUGUGUCCACACCGCUGGCCUUUGUGGUUUCGGCUUUUGUCUCCUGACAAAAUAUGAAGAGGGAGACUUUUUCUUCUUGACUCAUGAGCCCUAAGGAAAAGCAUCUAGGCUCUGUUCUGUUGUUUAGCAAUUUCUUUCAAAGUGACUCCCACUGUUUAUAUUGACUGGCCAUUGGGCUUCCAGGUGCAGAAACUUAGAAAGGAGUUUUUAUGAGGCUUGGUUGUGGAGAAAUUAGAUGCUCUCAAAUUCUACCUGUCUUCCUGAUGAGCACGUGGCGUGUGAGCCACAGUACAGAACCAGCAUCGUAGUCCAUUGGCUUGUUUUGAAAAGUGUGCAUUUUAAUAUUUUAUAAUUAGGGGCUGUCCAAACUUCAGAUCCAUUUAGCAAAGUUUAUUUUUACAAUUUGUAACUGUGCUUUCAGAAGGGUUCCUUAAUAAUGCCAAGUUUUCCCAAAUUUGCAAAUUGUCAAAAACAAGUGCAUUUAUGGUUUUAAUACUGAGUUAGUCCUCCUUUAGGUUAGAAUAAAAUGGACACACUCAUAAAGAUACUUGUUAAACAGUUUGGAGAGUUGAUAAUUCUGCCACCAUUCUUUUCACUAAAGUUUAACACAAGCACAUUGCUGUACAGGAGCUAGUAGUACUUGUAAUUGAGAAAAUCAAAGUCAUGUAUAUUAGUCAUUUUCUCUAUCAUUUGUAGCGAAGGCUGGUUUACAUGGGGGGGAUGUUUUGCAUUUUAAGCCCCACAAACAGUAGUUUAAAAUUUUAAAAAGGAUCACUUGUGCUUUAUCAGUAGUACAAAGAUCCGUAUAAUUUAUUAAAAGCCAGACAUAGUUGACUUAAUAAACCUGAAACUUAUUUUUUAAUGGCAAGACUUUUCAGUAAUUUGGUCAAAUCUUUAUUAAAUAAGAAAAGCAGAAAUAGUAAAAAUUCAAUAAGUUUUAAAUAACCUAUGGAUACACUUUGUUUCUAAGAAAGACAGUGAGAAAUAUUCAUUUAAAAUAUAUGAAGGAUUUUAAAGCUUUUCUUUAAACGUUGGUGCCUGAUUCAGUUUAUCUUUAAGAAAAUGUCAUCAUCAUGCCAUGACCACUGGUUUGGAGUCUCCUGUAACUCUGGUUAGGAGGUCAGAGUUCACUUAUUAGCAGCCCUUAACCUGGGGCACAGGUUUUGGUAUUUGCCCACUUCCAGAUUUAAUGGAAACUACGCGAGGCUGUUAUGAGCACGGUUAAUCAGAAAAGUAUUUCCUGGACAAACAGGGGCAAUAUUUAGUGUUUCCCUGUUCUGGAAGCUUUGAACUUUUCCAGGAAUGAAGUCAUUCAGUCCAUCUGGUACAGGUUUAUGCUCUAGCUAGCCACAGCAGAGGACACCAGCCGGAGGGGAUAAACCAUCUGGCCAUGUUAAAGAGUGAGAAGCAACUAACCUAAGUUAUUGUCAGGUAAUAUUUUUAUGUUGCCAUACUUAAACAUUAAAAGACUGAUUUCUACCAUUUAUCUGUAUGCUUAGAUGAUAUGAAAUGCUAAAGUUCUUGUAUCAGUUUGCCCGAUUCUCAUUUUCUUGAUGACUACUUCUGUCUUCUCCUAGCCUUUAUAAUCCACUGUCCACAGCAUCUUCUUCCUUUAAAUCAUUAGUCCCAAAAGCAACCCUCUGAAGUUCUAGGACUGAGUUGUUCAAAAAAUUGAACUUGUUAUCUAGAUCCCCUAGGAAACAGCGCUGUAUCCCUGGAGUGACGGACACUGCUGAACAGGUCAGGAGGGUCGCUGUAGACCCUGCCUUGUCCUGGCGAGGGCCCGAGGGCUCCUGACGCCAUCCUGUUUCCCUCUGUGAGUCUAAGGAGUACCUCUGGGGUUUGUACUGAAAGAGGUGUGCAGCACUGCCUGUGUCUGUUGAGCCAAGACAUUCGCUUCACUUCUAAAAUGCACAGAGCCUUGGAGAGGUGAUUUAUUCUACACAAUUACGCGACACCCUGUUUAGAAUCCCGAUAGAACUAUUCCCCUCUACACUAAAAAUAUGGUACUUGCACAACUUAGUUUAUAUAAAGGAAUAUGUAUUUCUUCAAUAGCCAGGUAUUUGAACUGUACUCUUGCUAUCUUUGAAUGUGACUCUGGAUUUAAGUGCACUAUUAUUCCUGUCUUACACAAUCAAAUUGCACUGGAUGGCAAAUGUGUCAAUUAUGCUUUGCUAAAACCUCAGUGUGCUGUAAGGUACAGGUUUUUACAGUGUGAACCUGUCUAAAGGAAAAAUUCUGAACUUGUCUAAGUGUGUAGAACAUUUUAAUAUUAUUUGUAAUGUUCACUAGAUGGUGGGUUUACUUAUGUCCUGAACCUGGAGUCAUUCACCUUGAGUGGGCCGAUUGGUCCAGCUGGUUUACCACGUCGGGAAGCGAUCUGAGCGAGCGCAGUGCUGUUGCCUUCCGUGUACUGUUUGUGUGUGGUGUGCUGCCUCUGCCCUCUGCCGCGCAGAUGCUAGUGUUACCUUUCUAUGGACAAUGAUAAUAAAAUUUGAAUUUAUUCGAGUGUUACA